CUAGUUAACGUCUGUUUUUUUCAUAAUUGAAUUGAUAUUUACUAUGUUGUGAAAUUGUUCAUGCAUUUAGACGCUUUAUGGGUACUCAUCGUCAUACUUAAACAUACCACUCAACUUUUGAAUAACAUGCUAUAGGUAAAUGCACCAUAGAAAUUUGUAUGUUUUUUGACGCAGAGUGUCAUAAGAGUGCUAUGGCAUUCAUUAUAUUUAUUGACUAAACCUGUGGCAAUCGUUGACUUCAUAUUUUUCGGGUUCUUUUUCUUUUUCCUUACUAUUUCUUUACAAACAUUUCAGUGUUAUCUGUUUAAAAAAAAAUGGCUUGGGAAUGUGGAGCCUCUUCAAAUGCAGCUCUUAUUCGAAAUUUAAAUCUGGCGGGAAUAAUAACUAAGCCGAGGGUGAUUGAAGCGAUGAAACACACUGAUCGCAAGUUUUAUUGUCCUCACUUCUCUUAUGAAGACUCACCGCAAACCAUUGGGUACAGUGCCACUAUAUCUGCUCCACAUAUGCACGGUAUUGCUCUGGAAGAGUUGGAGUCAAAACUUCAAAGUGGUAACAGAGUAUUAGACAUUGGUUCAGGAAGUGGUUAUUUAACGGCCGCCAUGGCUCGUAUGGUCGGAAAAAAUGGUUAUGUUAAAGGUGUUGAACACAUACAGGGACUCGUCGAUUUGUCAAAAAAGAAUCUACAAGAGGAUGCAAAACACGAUCCGUUGAUUGAUUACAUGAUGAAACAUAAAAGGAUCGAGGUCGUCCGUGGAGAUGGAAGACUAGGUUCUCCUGAAGAUGAAAAGUUUGAUGCAAUCCAUGUAGGUGCUGCUGCUUCUGAACUACCAAAGCGGUUGAAGGAGCAACUGAACGUUCACGGGAAAAUGAUAAUACCUGUGGGAACAACGUUUCAAGAUAUUUUCGUGUAUGAUAAGCAUGCUGAUGGGAACCUUUCAAAAAAAUCUUUGUUUUCUGUACGUUAUGUUCCUUUGACUGAUCCUCCAAGUGAUUAUGAAGAUAUGUAGAACCCUUGGGUACGACUCCUUUGGUUCCUCAUGAAGAUCUAAAAAUUGUUUGCCACGAAUCAAAUCCAAAUGAAGUGAGACUUUUCUUUCUACUUGCUUACAUCCUGUAUUUGCAUGUUUGGUAGCAAUUUUGUACAAAUAAUCCAUAUUCGUGUACGUGAUCUUUUUUAGUUAAGAAGCUUAUUCGGAUGUCACCACCAUUAGCGGUACGGUAAACGUUGGGAUUGAAUUCGAUAUGUUCAUUUAUUAUGUGCAAUUCGGUUUGCUGAUGUACCGACUGAAGAGAUUCUCUUGAAAUGAGAGGUGGAUGACAGACUUACUAUUGAAAGGCUUUUAUUUCCAAACGACGGAUGUAAAAAAUUCUGAGUCAUCUAUUCAGGUUCGAUAUCCGUAAGGAGCUUGGAAGAUAGAAAGAUAUAACGGAAGUUAGAAUCUGCUUUUCAUUAACAAAGGUUUUUCUGUCUAGAAACUCUUGAGUCGUCAGAGUAAAGCAAUCUAGAAUGAAAUUAUCCACUCGUAAAAGUUGGUUUCUAUUGGAGAAUUCAGGAAAGUCCCAAGCGUUAUAUGAGAAUAAAAUGAUUCAUAAUCUUACUAACAUGCAUCGAUGAAGAUUGUUUUCCUCGUUUGAAAGGCAAAACAUUGAUGGCUAACUUGCUGUUUUCCCUUCUCGCGACAGACCUUAUGAAUGUAAUCCUUGAAAUAUCUAAACGAAGAAUAAGAAAAGUUUUUACCUUGAACAGAAUUUACCGCCUUUUACCUUAAAAGUACUAGCCAACUUUUAACAUUGGGGUACACCGAAUCCAUCAGCACUUAAACAAGCAGCUAUUAUAUUUAUUCUUUGAGUUGUGAAUUCUUCCGUAUUUCAUAUCGAAUACUUACUUAUUUAUUUAUUUCCUGUUUUUAACACCAAAGUCAGAAAGAUACCCUUACUGUAAUAAUCCCGCUUAUAAUCCCAACCCCCCAGAGUCAUCUCACAUGCGCAUUUUUAUUUAUUAUGUAUAUGAAUUUUUAAAAAAUAUUCUUCUCAUAAUUGGUUUGCUGGAUUUUUUAUUAGUAAGGUUUUACAUUAAAUUGAACUCUCAUAUAGAUCUACCCUUGUUUAU